AUGCCGGGAGUUGACGAGAGCUUACAAGGCGAUCCCGCACGUGAUAAGCUGGAUCAAGCCUGGGUGCAAGUAAAGGGCAAACACCGCCUCAUGAAAGCCGUAUUCCGUGCGUACCUUGGAUCUACCGUUUCUGGAAUCUUUCCUCGUUUGAUCCUUGGUGGGUUCACCUUUUGCCAGCCAUUCCUGAUCACAGCGACCGUGGAUUAUUUCACAGGAGAAGCAGAACCCAAGGAAUAUGGGCAGGCGUUGGUGGGGGCAUUUCUGCUCGUGUAUCUGGGAAUCGCAAUAUCGACAGCUGUCUACUGGCGCCAAACAUACCGACUGUGCUCGACGGUGCGAGCAGGCCUCCUCUCGAGCCUGUACCGCAAAACAACACUUUUGGCUGGGGAUGAUGUGAAAGGGAACGCUGUGCUAACGUUGAUGGGAACAGAUGUGGAAAGAAUUGUGAACAGUUUCAAAUAUUUACAUGAAAUGUGGGCCUCCAUAAUCGAGGUCGCUGUAGCGCUCUUUCUCUUGGAGCGCCAGGUUGGUCUGGCCUGUAUUGUCCCUGCGAUAAUUUCUCUAGCAUGCGUAUUUGGUGCAGGCCCCAUAUCCGCCAAAACUGCACCAGCGCAGAAGGCUUGGGUCGAGAAAGUACAAGAGCGGAUUGCUGUUACAUCUUCCAUGCUGAGAGACAUGAAAUCCGUCAAGAUGUUGGGACUGACUGACGUAUUCUUGGGACUUGUUACCAAGUUGCGUGUGGCAGAACUGGAAAAAUCUUCUCAGUAUCGCAAGUUGGUUGUUUGGAUGCUGCUAUUAUCAAAUGUUCCAUCGGACCUAGCUCCAUAUGCGACGUUCGCUGUUUAUGCAAUAAUUUCCGUGGUCCGGCAUGACCAGUCUCUGUUAGCAUCUCAGGCCUUCACUUCUCUGUCAUUGAUCUCGUUGAUGACAUCGCCGCUAUUGGAAUUUGUGCAAUCGGUGCCAUCUUUCAUUGAGUGCUUUGGUUGUUUUGAAAGAAUUGAGGAGUACCUGGAGAAAGCGUCAAUCACGGACACUUCAAAUGCCCCAAGCUCUGGACCGAUAGUCGUAGACCCUGAGCAGCCUGAAUGUGAAGAGAAGCCUUUGAUCUUUCCCAGUGUGGUAUCUUUCAAAGACGCAGACAUUUCGUGGUCAUCCGACUUGGAACCCUUGUUUCAAAAUCUAAACCUGGACAUUGGCAAGGGAAUCACGAUGAUUACUGGGCCCAUCGGCUCAGGAAAAUCGGCGCUGAUCAGGAGUCUAGUAGAUGAGAUGACCGUCAGGAAAGGCUCAGUUGACAAAACGUUCCGGACUAUUGCAUAUUGCCCCCAGACUCCGUGGAUUGUGGACGACACAAUCCGGCAUAAUAUCACCGGAGGUACAGACUUCGAUGCGGCAUGGUAUGAAUUUGCAGUUUCGACUUGCGGUCUGAAUGAAGAUUUCAAGUUUAUCCCUGCUGGAGACAUGCAUGUAGCAGGCAGUAGUGGCGCCUCCCUUAGUGGAGGGCAAAAGCAAAGAGUGGCUCUUGCACGGGCGAUUUACUCUAAACUACCCGUUCUCCUCCUUGACGAUAUCUUUAGUGGUCUAGAUUCAAAGCGUAUAAGCGAUAUAUCUGCAAAGCUGUUCGCCGAGGAUGGAUACUUUCGCACCGCUGGAAAAACGGUGAUUCUGGCAACUCACACUGAAUCCCUUCUUCCAUACUCCGAUAGCAUUAUUGCCCUGGACAAUGGCACAGUCGUUCAUACAGGCUCAUACAAGGACCUUAAGCGAGGUGCUAUCUUGAAGAAAUCGAUAUUGCCACAAGAGGGAAAGAUCGACUUUCAUCCUGAAAAGUCGUCUGCAGAUAUCCAAUUUGUUACAGCCGAAAUAGACUCAAGCAAUCCCAGUCAAAGAAAUGAUGAGCUCGACUUUUCUCGGCGCGAUGGAAGUUGGGAGGUGUAUUCAUACUACAUCGCGAGUGCAGGGCCCUGGAUUAGUAUGGUGGUUGUUGGCUCAAUUACAGUUUUCAGUUUUCUCAGUACCUUCUCCACUCUGUGGAUCCAGUGGUGGUCUGAAUCAAACGCCAAGGAUCCCAACGGCAGGAUUGGCUGGUAUUUAGGCUUCUAUACUGCAUUCGUGGUCAUUAGUCUCUUCUUCUUUUUCACUGCUUGCUUCUUGUUGUUUAUUCGGGUCAUCAAUGACACAGCACUAGCUCUGCAUACGGCUUUAUUGAAAGUCACAUUGGAAGCACCAUGGAGCUUCUUCCAAACAACAGACGUUGGUUCUAUGACCAAUCGAUUUAGUCAGGAUAUGGACCUCAUCGACAUGAAGCUUCCUCUCUGCGUGGCCAACUCUUUAGCAAAUGCCGCACUGGGCAUGAUGAAUCUGCUUCUUCUAUGCGCGAUAGGCAAAUAUAUGGCCAUAACAUUUCCGUUCCUGCUCGCCACCUUCAUUAUCAUUCAGCUCGUCUACCUCCGGACGUCGCGACAGGUGCGAUUACUUGAUAUCGAAGCCAAAGCGCCUCUCUAUGCCCAUUUUGCGGAGACCAUCGAUGGGAUCACCUCGAUGAGAGCUUUUGGAUGGCAGGAAAACUUUCAAGUCGAAUGCAACAAGAGAGUCAAUAACUCCCAGAAGCCAUUCUACAUGCUACUUUGUCUGCAGCAAUGGCUGAGCUUGGUUCUAAAUCUAGUCAUCGCUGCUAUGGCAGUUGUCUUGAUAACGGUCGCUAUAUCUAUGAGGAAUCAUUUCAGUGCUGGUGGUAUGGGAGUAGCUUUGAACCUGGUGCUGAAUCUGAAUCAAAUCUUGGUGCAGGCAAUUCAGUCAUGGACACAGCUGGAAACAUCAAUUGGUGCGGUUUCUCGCGUACACAGCUUCCAAAAGAACACUCCUUGCGAGGAUAGAGCCCUCGAACCAGCACCAGGAGCUCAGGAAUGGCCAAUCCAGGGCACUGUGGUCUUCGAGAAUCUAACGGCAGCUUAUCAGAGUACUGAUAGCAAACCUGUCCUCAAGAAUCUGAACCUAAAAAUCAGGUCAGGUGAAAAGAUUGCCCUUUGCGGACCAUCAGGAAGCGGUAAGAGCUCUCUGAUCAUGAGCCUCUUGCAGAUGACGGAAAUAAAAAGCGGUCAUAUAUCCAUCGACGGGCGGGACCUGGCAUCAAUACAGCCAUCCGAAACCCGCUUGCGACUCAAUGUCAUCCCACAGGACCCUUACUUUGUACCUGGCGCAGUCCGACUUAGCCUAGACCCCCAUGCAGUUACCUCCGAUGAAGAGAUCAUCAGCGCAGUCAAGAAAGUGGGCCUAUGGAAACAGAUCCAAGCAAAUGGCGGCCUAGACGGAGAUCUCGACGCUUCUAAAUGGUCCAUGGGAGAAAGGCAAUUGCUGGCAUUGGCGAGAGCAUUAGCCUCAAAAAGUCCCAUAUUGAUCCUCGAUGAAGCUACAAGCAAUGUCGACCGUGAAACAGAAUCGAUUAUGCAAGAAGUGAUAGAAACCGAAUUCACCAAUCAGACUGUUAUAAUGGUUAUGCAUCGACUUCACUAUAUCACACGGGUUGAUCGAGUGGCUCUGAUGAAGAAUGGCGAGCUGGUUGAAUGUGAUAGUCCAUCUGCAUUACUUGCACGGGACUCGGAGUUUGCGGGUUUUUAUGCUGCUUUUAAUGGGUCGCACUGA